ACAGGAGCGAAUAGAGAGAGAGAGAGAGAGAGAGCAGCAGCAGCAGCAGCAGCAGAUUGAGAGAGAUAGCAGCAGCAAUAGCAGAUCGGGAGAGAUGUUCCCCCAAUUCGGGGCAACGGCGGAGAGUCUGAGCAAGGCGUCGGCCAUGGUCUUCCGGAUCGGUACCGACGCCCAUCUCUACGACGACCCUGAAGACGUCAGCAUCGCUCCCCUCCUCGACAGCCGCUUCGACUCCGAGAAAUCCCAGGCAUUGAAGCGGCUCCUUGCCCUUAUCGCCCAGGGCUUUGACGUCUCCAAUUUCUUCCCUCAGGUAGUAAAAAAUGUGGCAUCCCAAUCUCUGGAAGUAAAGAAGCUUGUAUACUUGUAUCUGCUGCAUUAUGCUGAAAAGCGUCCAAAUGAAGCAUUGCUGUCAAUUAAUUAUUUUCAGAAGGACUUGUCAGAUACGAAUCCAUUGGUGCGUGCUUGGGCUCUUCGUGCUAUGGCAGGGAUACGUUUGCAUGUAAUAGCUCCUCUUGUUUUGGUGGCCGUAACCAAGUGUUCCAGAGAUCCAUCCCCGUAUGUUAGGAAAUGUGCUGCCAAUGCUCUUCCAAAGCUCUAUGAUUUGCACCAAGAGGAACAUGUUUCUGCCCUCGAAGAGCUUGUUGGUAUCUUGUUGACUGACCAUUCUCCUGGAGUAGUUGGAGCUGCCGCCUCUGCCUUCAAUUCUGUUUGCCCUAAUAAUCUAUCAUUGAUAGGCAGAAACUUUAAAAGGCUGUGUGAGACUCUUCCCGAUGUGGAGGAGUGGGGCCAGAUUCUCUUGGUCGAGAUACUUCUACGAUAUAUAGUAGCAAGACAUGGUCUUGUGAGAGAAUCUGUCAUGCUUUCUUCUCAUUGCACUCAGAGUUCCCCUUCUGAAAAGGAUUCUGCAGAAGUUCGUGUUUUGUCUGAUAAUGAUUGUGGCUCUCUGGGAGGCGAGGCAUCUGAGUCCAAAUUAACUACAUUAUUGCUCAGAUGUUAUAUGGAAGGAUCAGAUGAAUAUUUAUCACAAUCUGCGUAUACGGGUGGAGAUGCAACUGGGUUGGAUUCUGCAAUUUUUACAUCUGCUCAAAAUAGCAAUGUGAAGCUUCUGCUGCAGUGUACAUCCCCUUUGCUAUGGAGCCAGAAUAGUGCAGUGGUACUUGCAGCUGCUGGAGUGCACUGGAUUAUGGCUCCAAGAGGAGAUGUCAAGAGGAUUGUUAAGCCAAUCUUAUUUCUUUUGAGAUCCUCCCAUGCCUCAAAAUAUGUGGUGCUCAGUAACAUACAGGUGUUUGCUAAGGCAAUGCCUUCAAUUUUUGCACCUUACUUUGAAGAUUUUUUCAUAUGUUGUUCAGAUUCUUAUCAAAUGAAAGCUCUAAAGCUUGAGAUACUAUCUAUCAUCGCUACAGAUUCAUCAAUUUCAUCUAUUUUCCAAGAGUUCCAGGAUUACAUUAAAGAUUCAGAUAGGAGAUUUGUUGCCGAUACAGUUGCUGCAAUUGGGUUAUGUGCACAAAGGCUUCCUAAUGUUGCUAACACUUGCGUGGAAGGGCUUCUGGCUUUGACUAGACAAGAAUCUUCCAUUAGUGCUUGUGGCUCUAUGGAUGGGGAAGCAGGCGUUUUGGCUCAAGCAAUUAUGUCCAUCAAAACAAUUAUAGACCAAAAUCCAGCUAGUUAUGAAAAGGUGAUUAUUCAACUCGCUCGUAGCUUGGAUGCCAUUAAGGUGCCUGCAGCUCGUGCCAUGAUUGUUUGGAUUGUGGGAGAGUAUGGCUUUGUCGGGCAGAAUAUCUGUAAGAUCUUACCUACUAUACUUAAGUACCUUGCAUGGUGCUUUACCAAGGAAGACAUGGAAGCAAAGCAUCAGAUUCUUAAUACUGCAACAAAGGUUGUAUUAUGUGCACAGGGGGAAGAUCUGUAUACAUUCAAAAGGGUUCUCAACUAUGUUCUUGAAUUGGCAAAAUAUGAUGUAAACUAUGACAUCCGUGAUCGUGCUCGUGUUAUAAAUAAACUUCUGUCUUGCCACUUAGCUUCCCAAUGCAAAGAGGAAGGAACUCCGGAUUUACUGGAAAAUGCAGGCUUACAACAAGAAAUUGCAGAGAGAAUAUUCAGUGGAAAGACAAAAGCAACAUCGGACACACCCAACAGUUUUCGAUUUUAUCUGCCUGGAUCUCUUUCACAGAUAGUUCUUCAUGCGGCUCCAGGGUAUGAACCUCUUCCUAAGCCUUGCAGUCUUCUGUACGAUGACCUUGGUCAGUCUGAAGGGGUGAACCAAGGGGCAAAAAUACCACAGCAGGGAACUGAUAAUAGUGAUUCGUUUGGGAUGAAUGAUCCCGAUACUUUAUCUGGUUCUUUGAAUGAAGAAAGUGCUUCUAAUUAUAAUUCUCAAGAAUCAGUCACCAGUUCAGUUGACGGUGAAGGAACCGGUUCCGCAAGUGAUACAAGUGAUGAUGGCCACAGCACAUCAUUAUUGGUUGGCCACGACAUUAAAGGUGAUGAUAAAAUUGGACCGCUGAUUCGUCUUUCUGAUGCUGGUGUUGCUACAGCGGAAAAUGGUACUGCGUCUGUGUCUGCAGAUUUGGGGGAGUUGAUGUCUAAGAAAGCACUGGAAUCGUGGCUAGAUGAGCAACCUGGUUCGUCUGAAGCAUGCUCCUCUAAACGAAGGGCCCCACAACCAUCUUCAGCAAGAAUCUCUAUAAGGGAUAUUGGUGUUGUUGUCAAGCCUAAAAUCCAUAAUCUCCUAGAUCCAGCUAGUGGAAAUGGCUUGAGGGUCGAUUAUUCUUUCUCCUCUGAUAUUUCAAGUAUAUCCUCAUUACUUGUAUGUGUGGAAGUUUCCUUUGAGAACUGCUCCACGGGACCAUUGACAGAAAUAGCAGUGAAAUAUGAAGAAUCUAAUGAAAGUCUGGAGUCUUCAAAACAGGCACUGGAAACAGGCGGAAGCUCUCCGACCGCCCAUGAUGUCCCAACAGUGAUUCCUAUGGAAGAGAUUACCUCUCUAGAACCAAGUCAAAUAGCAAAGAAAAUUCUUCAAGUCCGUUUUCAUCACCACCUGUUACCCCUGAAGUUGGCUGUAUUUCAUACUGGGAAAAGGCACCCUGUUAAGUUGCGGCCUGAUAUUGGGUACUUUAUAAAACCACUCUCCAUGGAUUUGGAUGCCUUUACAGACAAGGAAUCUCUGCUACCGGGGAUGUUCGAGUACACUAGACGGUGCACCUUCACGGAGCACAUCGAAGAUCUGAACUCCGACGACCCUAAUAGCUCAUUCAAGGAUGACAAGUUUCUUGUGGUCUGCCGGAGCUUAGCAUCGAAGAUUCUCAGCAACGCAAAUGCCUUCCUUGUAUCUGUGGACAUGCCGGUUACCAUCGGCAACGAUGACGUGUCUGGCUUGUGCUUAAGGUUCAGUUGUGAGAUCUUGAGCAAUUCAAUUCCAUGCCUAAUAACCGUGAUGGUUGAAGGUAAGUGCUCCCAACUGUUGAAUAUCCUUGUCAAAGUCAACUGUGAGGAGACGGUGUUCGGCCUGAAUUUAUUGAACAGAGUGGUGGCAUUCCUCUCAUCAGCAUCCCCACCUACCUAAUUAUGAAAUGUAUUUGAAAGUUUUGGAGAGGACAGUGGUGAGUACUGGAUUUUUUAUUUUUUAUUUUUCCUUAAGUAUGGUGGACAGAUUGUGUUUGGAAUCUGGCUUGUCAAAAAUGGUGAGAAAUCA